AUGGGAAACCAAACGUCGGCGACAGAGUUCAUUCUUCUUGGAUUGACAGAUGACGUCGAUGUGCAGGCUGUGCUCUUCCUUUUUCUGCUGUUGACUUACGUCUUAAGCGUCACGGGAAACUUGACCAUCAUCAUCUUGACCCUGCUGGACCACCGCCUCCAGACGCCUAUGUAUUUCUUCCUCCGGAAUUUUUCUGUGUUGGAGAUCUCUUUCACCUCUGUCUUUGUUCCCAAAAUGCUUGUCAAUAUUGGAACAGGAGACAAGUCCAUCUCCUUUGCGGGUUGUUUCACUCAGUACUUUUUUGCCAUCCUUCUGGGAGCAACUGAGUUUUACCUCUUGGCGGCCAUGUCCUAUGACCGCUAUGUCGCCAUUUGCAAACCUCUCCAUUACACCACCAUCAUGAGCCGGAGACUCUGCGUUCUGCUCGUCUUUUGUUGCUGGUUCUCUGGGUUUUUAGUUAUCAUUGUGCCACAUAGAAUGAUGCUCCAGCUACAUUUCUGUGGAUCCAACGUCAUCAAUCAUUAUUGCUGUGACUAUACUGUCUUGUUGCAUUUAGCCUGCUCAGACACACAUUUAAUAGAAGUGAUUGAGUUUGCCGUUGCUGUAGUUACACUCAUCUUCACCUUGGUUUUAGUGAUAAUUUCCUACACGUACAUUAUCAGGACAAUUCUGAGACUCCCCUCUGCCCAACAAAGGAAGAAGGCCUUUUCCACAUGUUCCUCCCACAUGGUGGUGGUCUCGCUUUCUUAUGGAAGCUGUAUCUUUAUGUACAUCAACCCCUCUGUGAAGGAUGCAGCAACUUUUAACAAGGGGGUGGCUGUUUUAAAUACCUCUGUUGCUCCUCUUUUGAACCCUUUCAUCUAUACUCUAAGGAACAAGCAAGUGAAAACAGCCUUCAAAGAUAUGGUCAGUAAAAUAUCAAUUUUUUCAAGAAAAUGA